GUGUUGAAAAAUAGUUUGCGACUUUGUAACAAGAGGCCGCGGGUAAAGACUUCACGGCGUGGGGAAAGCGCGUUCGGGCACAGGGAUCGCCUGCAAUGCCCCCCGCAGACGCCAGUCAUUGUGCAGCUUUCCCCGGACCGGGACUCAGGUCUUCGACGAACCCUUGAAAUCACACAGCUACUUGCACGGCCGACUUAACAGACGGACUGGGCAGCAUGAAGGAGCCUGCGUCGGAGCGGUCGUCUUAGCCUUGUUUACAAUACAGGCUCUGGCAGCCAUGAAGCACAUCGCGCCUGGCGUCGCACGGCGCGGUCGCUGCAUCCAACCUCGGCUUCCAUCGCCCUGCUCAUUACGAAGCUGCCCAGCCAGCCAGAGCAGACACACCUCUAGCCAGGCGAGGAGGUCCAAGACGGCCAUCUUUUUCCCCGGCCAAGGAGUGCAGCGCGUUGGCAUGCUUACGCCGUGGCUCGAAGCCUUCCCACGAACCGCAAACGAGACCAUUGAAGAAAUCAACCACCAUGUCGGCUACGAUCUUGCAUCCAUCAUCCAGAACGGAUCCUCACGCCAGCUUACCCUCACCAACCAUGCGCAGCCGGCUAUCAUGGCCACAUCGAUCCUCAUCCUACGCGUUCUCGAAAGGGAGUUCAACUUCACGGUGGCGGACAACUUCGACUACACCCUGGGCCACUCCCUUGGAGAGUUCGCGGCUUUGGUAGCAGGAGGGUACAUUGCCUUUGAGGACAGCAUCUACCUCGUCAAACAGCGUGCCGAGGCCAUGAGCGAAGCUACACGGCGGGUCAUCAAGGACCACGGAGGCGAAUAUGGCAUGGUCGCCAUCGUCACGGAGCCAGAGUAUCUGAAACCUCUCAUCAAGGUCAUCUACGGCUUCGUCGGGCACUCCAGCGCGGGAAACAAGGGCGAGAGCAGUGAAAGCGUCCCACCCAUCGAGCAGGUCCUUAUUGCCAAUAUCAACAGCAAGAACCAGAUCGUUCUGAGCGGGUGUAUCGAGAGGAUCAAGACUCUGGUGGCCCAUGUGAGGCAGUUUCUGGGCCAUGAUCCACGAGCGGUGCGUCUGCACAGUGAUUCCCCGUUCCACAGCCCCAUCAUGAAGCCUGCGGUGGCUGUCGUGCGGGAUCUGUUGAACCAGAAGAGUCGAGUGCCAGGCCGGGAAUCGGAGGACAUGGUCACGUUCCCAGGCCGCAUACCCUGCGUGAGCAACGUGACCGGGAGGCCGUUCCGCGACAAGGAUAAUCUGAAGGACCUCGUGUCGAGGAGUUGUCUCGAAACAGUGCGUUGGUGGGACAGCAUCAAGUACCUCGACCAGGAAGAGAGGGUCAGGCGCUGGGUUGGCAUCGGGCCUGGCAAGGUGGGGAGGAACCUUGUUGGAAAGGAGGUUGGCAUGCGCGGGAAAGACAUGGUGAAAGGAGGCGGUGUGUGGGCCAUUACCGACCCUGCUGAGAUUGAGGAUGUGCUCCGCGGGCUUGAAGACACGAAUAACGUCAUGGAUGAGGAGGAUGAGGUCCUCUUCAGUGAUUGAUGGCUGUAUUAUGGCUGGUAGACAGCUCAGGGGCUGACCUUGGGCGGCUUUCACGAUUGCGAGAGGCCGAGAGCACCAACAAUGAUACCACUGUACCAAUGAU